AUGCCUGGGCUUGACGGAGAUCAUGCACAGAACGUCUUCACACAAGCCUGGUCUAAGUCUUCCAAUAGCAUGCUGUUGGCGGCUUGCUGUUUGUCAUCUGUCGGCCACCUUGAUGCUGUGCAGCCCAACAGGCCCAGCGGGCAGUAUGAGCUGUACAAGGCAAGGGUGUUGCGCGAAAUCAAUGCCCGCGUCUGCGCACCAGACACCGCCGUGUCGGGAGAGACGAUCGGUGCGCUGACUUUGCUCACAUCAUUCGAGAUCUCGCGGGGAAGCGAAGACGCGCGAACCCAUCUUCAAGGCCUCAAUAGCAUCUUAAAACUGAAGGGCGCUAUCAAAGCUGCCAGAGAAAGCGGGCUCGCAAUAAUGCUCGAAACAAUAGAUUUAUUGCACGCUAUCAUGUUCAAUACUCCUUCAAUCGUGUGUCAUGACGAAAAUCCGGCACCUGCAUUUCGACCUGGCGCGGAAUGUCUCUCUGGUCUGCUCCCCAUUCUCCUGGCGGAACAGGACAGGUAUCGCCAAACUCUUAGCAACGAGCAAACUGCACGAUCUGAAGGAUAUUCGAAGUUACUCACUAGUGCAGCCGUCGCGUUCCAUGCCAUUCUAACAGACGCGGAAGCAGUGGAGCAGGUGUUGCCAAACGAUCUGUUGACCCAGGCAUGGUGGUGCAACAUUGACAAGUUCAGACAAGAAUACUUGAACCCCAACGGUCAUCGGCGCACCAACCAACAUCUGGCGCGGGCUUUCCAUCGAAGCAUGAUACUGUGGUACAAUGCUCUGUCCGGGUAUCCCUCGAGUCACUCACAUAGCAUGGUGCAUGCGGACGGAAUGUUCACUUCGGUCAAGGCGGUAGAAGACUCUAGUUGGAGGGCGACACCCUAUCUGGCGCUUUUCAUCUUUCUUCAUGGUCUCUUCGUCUCCAAAGAUGUCAGUCGCAAGAGCUUCUACGUGGCGCAUGUAGCGAGAGCCAUCUACCAGAUGGGCUCACGCGAGUGGAGGCGGGCCCGAGCGUUCGUCUACAGAUUUAUUGACCUGGUGCGAAUUCUGCAGGCUCACACUACAUUGCAUUCAGUGUCGAACACCUCGGUGCGAAGCGAAUUCACACCACCAUGGUGGCGAGGCGGAGAUCUCACGCGCUUCGGCUCACCUCUCGUUCGGGCGGCAACGGUGAAUCCGGCAAGGAUGGGCCAUGGGUCACUAGCGUAUGCUACCGAACCUUCACCGAUGUUGCUGUCCCAGUCAUUGCCUGCUUCUGAGCUCGUUACUCCCUACCUCGAGAUCGACGAGGAUCCGUUCGCCAGUCAACCUGCAUUCAGCGCUGAUGUUAUAAGCACUUUGGCGGUCCAGAUGGAUACCAGCGAAGCUUCCCAGACUUGGUGA